AUGGUGCUGCUCAGCCAGGUGAAGGUGGCCCUGGAGCCAGCCCCAGCCCCGCACCCCAUCCUGCACCUGCAGCCCCAGCAGCUCCUACAGUUCCAGCAGUGGCACCUGGUGCAGCAGCCCUACUCUCCACCCCCGCUCUACCCAUUCCAGGCACCACAGGCCCACCUGCACCAGUUCCCCGAGCAGCCCCAGCCGCCACUGCAGCAGCAGCUCGCCCACUUGCAGCAGCAGAUGCAGUCGACACCGACGGCACAGCCACCCGGCCAGCUGGCCCAGGCCCUGAAGACCACGCCGCCCAGGCGCAGGCUCAGCCCCCGCUGUUUGGACAUGACCCAGCAGUGGAGAGUUAUCCCAGAAGAAGGCUUCUUACUGGGAUGUGUGUUUGCAAUCGUGGAUUAUCCAGAGCAGAUGUCUGACAAGCAGCUGCUGGCCACCUGGAAAAGGAUCAUCCAGACACAUGGAGGAGCUGUGGACCCCAUGUUCUCGAGGCACUGCACCCACCUGCUCUGCAAGAGUCAGGUCAGCGGGCUGUUCACACAGGCGAUAAAGGAGAGGAAGAGGUGCAUCACAGCGCACUGGCUGAACAUGGUCCUGAAGAAGAAGCUGGUGCCGCCCCAUCGGGCCCUACACUUUCCACUGGCCUUCCUGCUGGGGGACAAGCCAUGCUCCCAGCAUAUUAUCUCCGUGACUGGGUUCGUCAACAGCGACAGGGAUGACCUUAAGCUAAUGGUGUACCUGGCAGGUGCCAAGUACACGGGCUACCUGUGCCGCAGCACCACCAUCCUCAUCUGCAGAGAGUAA